AUGGUCAACAACGCCUUCGCUCGCAAGCUCGACCGAAUAAUUGCUGUCCUGAUUUCUGGUGGUGGUAGUGGUGCUGCUUCAUCCCUCCUCGUCCCAAAUGCUCUCACACACAUGGACAAGAUUCCUGCAACGGCGGCUCGUGUUGUACCGAGUCGUGGCCUGCCGUCCGAGGUGGCCCAUGGGCCCAGCUGCCCAGGACCCGGCCGCGAGUUGCCCAUGCCCUGGGAGCCCGGUGUGUGCGGAGUCGGGGGUCCUGCCCUUCCCUUUGUUUCGUUUGUCUGCAGACACCGUCUCAUCCUACAGCCAAUCGCUCAGCAACAGCACGGUCCAGCACCUGAGGAUCUCGAAGUUUAUUGGGAUGCCAAGCAGACGACGCCGAAACUGUCAAAGUCAAAAGCUGGAGCGAGUGCAGUCACACCACCACCACCACGCCCCACCCCAAACCAUAGUCCACUCACCACUCACCACUCACCACCGUCCAAGGCCAGGAUGGAACAGUUGGCGGCCACCGGCCAGGGCACGGCUGUCAUGCAGACAGGGGCGGAUCCGACCUUGGGGCUUGCCAAGGAGGCUCGCCAGCACGUGACAGUCGAGAUCUGGAAUGUUGAUCUCAAACCUAAUGCCCAAGCCUUUUGA